AUGGACGAUGCCGCGGUCCUAAGGAAGAAGGGUUACAUCGUGGGCAUCAAUCUUGGCAAGGGGUCGUAUGCGAAAGUCAAAUCUGCCUACUCUGAGCGCCUCAAGUUCAACGUGGCAGUCAAGAUCAUCGACCGCAAGAAGACGCCCACCGACUUUGUGGAGAGAUUCCUUCCUCGGGAGAUGGACAUCCUGGCAACCGUCAACCACCGCUCCAUCAUCAAGACCUACGAGAUCUUUGAGACCUCUGAUGGGCGCAUCUAUAUCGUCAUGGAGCUUGGGGUCCAGGGUGACCUCCUGGAGUUCAUCAAGUGUCGGGGAGCCCUGCACGAGGACGUGGCUCGUAAGAUGUUCCGCCAGCUCUCCUCAGCUGUCAAGUACUGCCACGACCUGGACGUCGUCCACCGAGAUCUCAAGUGUGAGAACCUUCUCCUUGACAAGGACUUCAACAUCAAGCUGUCUGACUUUGGCUUCUCCAAGCGCUGCCUGCGGGACGGCAGCGGCCGCAUCAUCCUCAGCAAGACCUUCUGCGGGUCGGCGGCAUACGCGGCCCCCGAGGUGCUGCAGGGCAUCCCCUACCAGCCCAAGGUGUAUGACAUCUGGAGCCUGGGCGUGAUCCUCUACAUCAUGGUCUGCGGCUCCAUGCCCUAUGACGACUCUGACAUCAAGAAGAUGCUGCGCAUCCAGAAGGAGCACCGCGUGGACUUCCCCCGCUCCAAGAACCUGACUGGCGAGUGCAAGGACCUCAUCUACCGCAUCCUGCAGCCGGACGUCAACCGGCGGCUGCACAUAGACGAGAUCCUCAGCCACUCCUGGCUGCAGCCCCCCAAGCCCAAAGCCAUGUCUUCGGCCUCCUUCAAGAGGGAGGGUGAGGGCAAGUACCGGGCCGAAUGCAAACUGGACACCCGGCCGGGCUCACGGCCUGACCACCGGCCCGAGCACCGGCCAGACCAUAAGCUGGGGGCCAAAACCCAGCACCGGCUGCUGGUGGUGCCUGAGAACGAGGACAGGGUGGAGGACAGGCCGGCCGAGUCCUCCAAGGCAAAAGAUCAUCAUGGCACCGGAGCUGAGGUGGGGAAAGCGAGCACCUAGCGGUGCGGAGGGCCUGGGGGGCGUGGUGCGUGGUGCGCGCCCACAUAAACUAAAUAGGCAGUAGGAGCUGAAGAAGGCACAGGUGCAAGGAACAAGUAAAAUCCGUCAAUUAAACCACUAUUUUGAUUACGUUCUAUUAGCUUUCUUCCACUUAGUAGCAAAGACAUUAAUUACUGACCA